UCUGUGUACAUGGACCCAAGAUUUUGAACAUAGCUUCUACGUUUCAAAGGUGGAUUUUAAUCUUUUUUAUGAGUUGUGAGGCGCCGUCACAAGAUCAGACUGCCGUGAAAUGAGCUCGCGGAAUCCUCGCUGUUGGCAACGCCUCCUCCAGUGUGAAGUGUGUUCUGCACAUUACUCCUAAAUGCUGCUUAUGCCACUUUUAGCUCUGCACGUAUUUUUCGGAAAAUAUGCAUCCCUCGAUUUUUGCUUUGGUCAAAAGCUACAGACUGUUUAAUGUUGACUGAUUUGUUCUGUAUUUGGCCAAAUUUUAAUCACACUCAGCUGUUUAGUUAAAUUUUCAUUCAAGGCAGGUAGCUGUUUGUAGCUGGUAUAUGCCGGAGAUUGUGAGCAAGGCAGGCCUUGGUAGGCUGCACAUUGAAGCACUGAACACGUAGCAAUGGGUCUGUGAUGGCACAUCAGGCAGUUUGUGAAUGGCACAGUAUCCGCUGGUCCGUUCCGUGUGGUUGCAAACCAGGCCUGAUCCAUGACUGAAUAUUAUGAGGAGGGUGGGUUGCUGUAUGAGCACUCACCUCCCAUGCACAUUAAAGUGGAGUCCCCAGAGGGUCCUUUUGGAGGAGGUGUUUCCGAGGAUGGCUUUCCCAGGGAAGAUGAUGACUCUGAAAAUAGCUGUGAUCACAGCAGUGGGCUGCCUGGUAGCCUCCCUUUCAACGUCGUGGUAGUACAUCCCAACAUUGUGGCUCCUGGAGUGUCCUCUGAUGAUCUCAUCCCCACUGAACAAAGCAGAGCGGUUUCAGCAGUGUUGGCCUCAGGAGGGGCAGGCAAAAGGAAGAGUCGAUUUAGUGGUGCUGAGCUGGAGGUGUUGGUGUCAGAGGUGACCCGAUGCGAAGGCGAGCUGUUUGGCCCUGCCGGCCGGCUGCGGCGCCGGGAGAGGGAACGCAUCUGGGCUGGCAUCCUGGAGCGCGUGAACGCCGUGUCCCGCGUCCCACGCACCUUACGAGAAGUAAAGAAGCGCUGGGAUGACCUGAAGAGGCGCAAUGGUGGGAGGCUAGCGGACGCUAGGCACCGCUCGUGCUACCUGCCAUCCAGCAGAGGGACAGCGGUGAUGGGCGGGCCACUUCAGGUGAGCCCCAGGUUUCAGCAGGCCCGCCAAAAGCUGAGUGCACGGGAAAAGGCCAGUUUCACCUGCCUCUCUGACACUGAUCCAGUUACAGGAGGAGACGGCUCGGAAAGAGACGGCUUUGAAAAGGAGGAAGACUCUGGUGAGCAAGAAGGCGAGGAAGGAGACAAGGAUGGUGAGGGUGUAGGUAACAGCAUGGAAGACAAGCUAGGGUUGGGCCUAGGCCUAGGAAUAGUCCCGCCCCCAACAUCAGAGCGCUGGCUGCCCCCUUCACCCCUCUACAGCGCUCCCUUCCUGAAUGGGAGUCCCCAGGCCAGUCCAGAACCAUCCCUUGGAGCUCAUCAAGGCCCACUGGAGCCUCCUCCAUCGCGUAACUCCUGGCUGGAGGAUGAGCUACGGGGGCUCGGGGAGGCAGCGGUGCAGCUGGGGGACCGCCUGGAGCAGAAUCUGCGCGAGUUCGGCGAAGGGUUCCGGCGUGACAUGAGGACCCUGGUGGCCUCGCAGGAGGCCCUCACAAUCAGCCUGCAGCAAAAUAAUGUGCUGCUGCAACGACUGCUGGGCCUUCUCGAGAUGCAGCAUCACUACACCCAGCCUCUGCAGCAACCGAUUGGGCAGCAGCAGCAACAAGAAACCCCGCCCCCACAGUUUUCCCAGCAGCUUGGACAGCCCAUCCCUCAAACCGCCAGCGAGCAAAUAUUAGCACCUGUUACCUCUGUACACCCACGCCCAGAUAUUCUAGACGGCACUUCAAAGCCUGAAUCGUCAACUGAGAUAAAUACGCAAAGACCACGCCGAGGUAGAACAGUAGACCACAGACGAAGGCGUAAACACUAGAUAUGCGAGUUGUCUUCGAUUACAAUAGCUAUUUAUUUCAAAAAUAUUGUUUUAUAUCCUGAUUGUACCACUGACUAACAGCAGUUUGUGCCAUGUCUUAAAAGCUAAAUUUUAUUGUUAUGACUGUUGCAAAAAUUAUAGGCUGUAUGUAAAAAAUUGCAAGUGUUCUAUUUAAAGGGUUAUUCGAUGUCAAGUUGCUGUGGAAUCGAGUGGGCUGCAUUGUGUGGACUCGGCAGUAAAUUGCACCUCUGUCUGGUUGUGAUUCGCUAGUGAAAAUGACUGACUUGUACAUAACACACACCCUCACCAAAUUUAAUUGCUGUGACAGGCAUCAUGAUGUUAUAGUCUGAAAAUCAAAAUCUCAGAGUUCUCUACAAACAUAGAUGGUUCCUUUACAAUCUUGAUUUAACAGAAAGAAUAUGGGGCAUAUAUAGAGGAAUCCUGUUUGGAUUUUUUAUAGAUUUAUAGUAUUCCAUCCAAGUAACAUUUUCACAAAGAUACAAAAUUAUAACUUUGACAUCGCUUUUGUAUCCCUUUGUACAGUGGCUACCAGAUCUAUAUUGGAUAUCAAAACCUCCUUUCUUAAGCUUGUUUGACAUGGAAUGACCCUAACACCAUUAUAUCUAAAUUGAUCUAUGCAUAUUCUUACACAGUAAUUUAUUGACCAUUUAAAUUAACAAUUAGUGUCUUUUGUUAUUUAUGCCUGUGUUCAUUUAAUAAUAGUCAGAAUAAGACACAUUUUAAUGAUCCUAUUGAGGUAAGACAGAAAAUAGCUUUUUGUUCAGAGGCAGGGUUUGAAUGCUUGGUGCUGAAGGUGACAUUGUUUUUAAUUCAUCUACAGCAAAUGAUUUAUAAGGAAUUAAAUUCCCAGGUUAAAGGGAGAAAUUUUUAAACUGAACAAUCACUUCAUGCUGAUAAUCUGUUCUCUGCAUGCGGCGCAAGAUAGCUUCUAUAGAUCGGAGAAAACCUUUUGCAAAGUUUAUACCAUGUAAUAUAGAAGGACCUUUACUGGUAAGUUGUGUCUGGAUAAGAACAUGCAUUAAUGAAAGGGAUCUGUGAAUUUAAUAUGCUUCUUGUUGCUUACAGCACUGUAUUUUAACUGGGGACAUGAAAGAUGAUUAUAUGAAUUGACAAGCAGGUAAAUAUGUACUGAUAUAUAAUAAAAGAAACAUUUUCGACCC